AUGCCGGCGGUACGCUACACGACAUACCGCAAGACGUCUGCAUCUCUGGCAGCGGAGCGCAAGCCGCCGCCCGGAAAGCUCAAACCGGCGACGCUUGGGCCUAACAAGCGGCGCGCGCUCGGGGAGCUGGAGUCGAAUGCCCGGAGCGCAGCGGUUGCCUCCGAAGGCAUCAACACGCACGCCGAGCUCAAGAUGGGAUACAAGGGCAAGAACCAAACGCACAUCUACUACCUCAUCACGCCCGUCACUGCGGGCUUCGUUCCCCAGGAUAAGAGCGCGUACCGCCUCCCAUAUACCCCUCGCGACAUCGAAGUUCUCGACAUUCGCGACGUCGAGUGGGAGUCGCUGCCCGCGGUCCGCAUCAACGCGUUCAAGCGUCUCGACACGGUACGGCGGUUCAACCUCUUCCAGCUCGGCGGCGGGCCGCAAGACUGGUUCACGCAGGCGACGACGACGGUCGACUUUGUGCACCUUAACGAUGUGUCCAGCUGGAAGCGGAAAGACACGGGAGCGGCCACUGAGCCGAUCCACCUGCCGCCCAACACGACGCGGCACGUCCUCCACGUCGCGUGGGACCAGUCCAGCAUGGCCUGGUCGCGCGGGCUGCGGUUCUGCGCCAACGCGAAAGUUCGCGACAAGGCGCCAGCAGUGCGCGACAAGUGCCCCGAGUUUCUGAGCAACCUCAUCGAGAAGAUCACGACGGCACUGAAGAAGGGCUGCAAGCUCACGGUCGUCGGCGCCGAAACUGCUGCGGCGGGGCAGUUCGGUAAACCGGCCGGCUCGAAGCGCGGGGUGGACACGACAGCGGCAGUCAGGGAGCACUUCUACGCGUACUGGAAGGCGAAGUGCCCCGAGAAGACGCGGUUCAAGCUCGACGACGGGACGCGUUUCCUCACGAUGGACGAGUUCGCGGCCGAGCUCGGCGACCGGGCGGACAUUGAGGGCCGGUGGCCGCCCAAGCGGACACGGCUGUGUGGGACAUGCGGCAAGAAGGUGCCAGUGGAGCGGUAUAGCAGAUGCUCGUGUGGGCGGGGCGAGGAGAGCGACGACGCGCGGAGCGAGGCGACUGUCGACCUCGUGAGUGACGACGAGGCGCCAUAGGACCGCCGAGUUGCGUG